AUGGCAGCUACAAAUGCAAGUGCAGAACUCCAUGUUACUAUUCGAAUGGAGAUUCUUGUCAAUUGGCUAAACAUCAACGAAUGCCAUGAUCGUCCAUAUCCAUGUGAUCCCACUUCCAGUUUUUGCGUCAAUACUGAUGGCAGCUACAAAUGCAAGUGCAGGGCUCCAUGUUACCAUUCGAAUGGAGAUUCUUGUCAAUUGGCUAAGUGCCCUGAUCUCGUACUUCCCUAUCAUGUUGAGAUAGUAGGAGGAAAGGAAGUUCCAUACAUCAACGAAUGCCAUGAUCGUCCAUGUGAUCCCACUUCCAGUUACUGCGUCAAUACUGAUGGCAGCUACAAAUGCAAGUGCCCUGGACUCGUACUUCCCGAUCAUGUUGAGAUAGUAGGAGGAAAGGAAGUUCCAUGUAAAACUACUUAUGAGUUUUCGUGCUCGCUUGGAUACAGGUUAUCUGGCCCAAGCAACAUCACGUGUUUCGCAGGAAAUUGGAGCGAUGCACCUCCAUCAUGCGUAGACAUUGACGAAUGCCGUAAAAAGUCACAUGUCUGUGACCGAGAUAGUCACUGUGUCAAUACUAAUGGCAGCUACAAAUGCUUGUGCGAUCCAUGUUACUCUUGGAAUGGAGAUUCUUGUGAAGUAAUUCAGUGCCCUAGUUUCCCACCUCCUGCCCAUGCCAGACUAAAAUAUGGUGGAAACGAAGGAGGGCACACAGCUUGUAACACUACUGUCAGGUUCGAGUGCUUACCUGGUUACAACCUUUCUGGACCAAGCGAAAUCACAUGUAAAAAUACGGGAAAUUGGAGCGACGCGCUUCCAUCAUGUUUAGACAUCAACGAAUGCCAUGAUCGUCCAUAUCCAUGUGAUCCCACUUCCAGUUACUGCGUCAAUACUGAUGGCAGCUACAAAUUGCCCUGA